GAUAACGUUCACGUGCACGAAGUGACUCUACAUGAUCUCAACGUAUUGCACGAUGGUGCUGAUCUGACUGGGCCCCUACGACUUGAGCUACGGGUCAUGCCUCGCUUCAUAGCUCGCUAUAAUGCCCUUCGCGAUCAGAUCGCGCGGUUAGACCUUGCUGUCGAAGACGAGCAAGCUUAUGCGGCUGAACCUACGCACGAGCACCACGUCGAAGGUAAGAUAUCCUGA